AUGGUUCAAUUCACCACUCUCAUGACCGUCGCCUUUGCCGGCAUGACCUUUGCCUCGCCCGCCGAGCGCCGCCAAACCUCCUCCUCCAGCAGCGACCUCGUCUGCGGCACCCUCCUCCAACCCCUCGCCGGCUUCCUCGACUACCAAUCCGGUAACGCAGGCGGCAACACCGAAAACGUGCUCGCCGCAGCCUCCAACAUCCUUUCCAACGCCCAACUCCCCUCCGACGUCGAGAGCAUCAUCAACAGCGUCACCGGCGGCAUUGUCGGCAGCAUCACCAAUGGCGUUAGCAAUGUGCUUUAUGGCCUUUCCACUGGCGCAGACAAUGUGGACCCUGAGUGCAAGCAGAAUGCUGCUUACUGCACUAAUGAGUUGAGUGCUGCUAGUGCGGCUUGUGCGGCUGGUCAGCAGGCUCAGGCUCAGGAUGCUUGUCUGCAGGCCAAGUACACUUGUGCUCGCAAUGGUGUGCUUUCGGCUGAUCAGGUUGAUGGUGUUGCUUCUUGCUGUUCGCAGUACUCUGGUUCGGCUGCUUCUUCGUCGUAG